AUGAUUUCUACAACGAAGCAACAACACUUGACUUCAUAUCUGCACCACUUACUUCCUCCUCCACUUUCUCUCUUCAAUAUCGGCGCCAGUGGAAGAACUCGCUUGAAAGCUUUGCCUUUUCGCUUCUCCGCUGCUCUGUGCUUUGCGGACGCACCACCACCGACAACAUCCUGGCCGUUCCCCACCAUCUUCUUUCCGUCUACUUUGUCUUUCUUUGGAGACAAUAUCGGCAUUCACACCUGCGUUCUGACACCGACAACAAACAAACCGUCACCGCCUACUACUGCUUUCUCUGCUUGA